AUGGCACCCUCCAAACCCACAGCAAACAUGCUCUGGGGCGGCCGCUUCACCAGCGGCCUCGACCCCCUGAUGAUCACCUACAACGAGUCCAUCCACUUCGACCGCCGCAUCUACGCCCAGGACAUUCGCGGCUCCACCGCCUACGCACGCGCCAACACCGCCCUUGGCCUCCUCACCAAGCACGAAUUCUCAGAAAUUGAGCGCGGCUUUCAGACUGUGAUGGCCGAGUGGGACAACGACACCUUUGAGAUCAAGCCUGGAGUGGACGAAGAUAUCCACACGGCGAAUGAGCGACGAUUGGGUGAGAUAAUUGGAAAGGAAAUCGCGGGGAAGCUGCAUACGGGGAGGUCGAGGAAUGAUCAGGUUGCGACGGGGAUGAGAUUGUGGUUGAGGGAUGAGUUGAGGGCUAUUGAGGAGCAUUUGGUGGCUUUUCUACGGGUGACGACGUCAAGGGCGAAGGCAGAGGUUGAUGUGUUGAUGCCCGGGUAUACGCAUUUGCAGCGGGCGAUGCCGAUUCGGUGGGCGCAUUGGUUGUUGAGCUAUGGGAGUUUCUUUGCGGACGAUUUGGUGCGGUUGAGGGAGGUGAUUAGGCGGGUGAAUCGGUGUCCGUUGGGGUCGGGGGCAUUGGUGGGGAAUGGGUUUGGGAUCGAUCGGGAUGCGAUGGCGAAGGAGUUGGGGUUUGAGGAUUUGAUUCAUAAUUCUAUGGCAGGGGUCGGGGAUCGGGAUUUUGUGGUUGAGACUCUGCAGUGGGCGGCGAGUUUCAUGGCGCAUAUUAGUCGGUGGUCGGAAGAUCUCAUCAUCUACUCGACGGCGGAGUUUGGGUUCGUCAAGCUGGCGGAUGCGUACUCGACGGGGAGUUCGUUGAUGCCGCAGAAGAAGAAUCCGGAUUCGUUGGAGCUGCUGAGGGGAAAGUCAGGGCGGGUGUUUGGGCAUAUGGCGGGAUUGAUGAUGAGUGCGAAAGGGCUGCCGUCGACGUAUAACAAGGAUUUGCAGGAGAGUUGGGAGACUAUGAUUGAUGGGGUCAAGACUACGUCCGACUCGGUCCAGAUUGCUACGGGAGUACUUUCUACGCUCUCAAUAUUCCCCGAGAAGAUGCUCGCAGCUCUGACGCCGGACAUGCUUGCCACGGACCUGGCUGACUACCUGGUGCGGAAAGGAGUGCCAUUCCGGGAAACCCAUCAUAUCAGUGGGAGGGUCGUGGCACUAGCGGAGAAUGAGGGCGUUCAGAUGGACAAGCUGAGCGUGACGCAACUGCAGGGUGUCGACGGAAGGUUUGGUGACGAUGUGGUGAAGGCAGUCUUUGAUUUCGAGCAGAGUGUGGAGAAGCGGACGAGUAAGGGCGGGACAAGUAAGAAGAGUGUAUUGGAGCAGAUUGAGAGGAUCGAGGCGAUGGUUCAGUAA